AACAUCACACGGUUCUAAAAAAAUAUCUUUGUGACUCAUGUCAUGGGCUGUCUAUAAGGCUUUGUGUGUGGAGUAUGGCUUCUCCCUUGAGACCAGAAUAGAAGGAAAAGUUCAUUGUGUCCAUUGCAGGGGGAGGCAGGCUAUGUAAUAGCUGAAUUACAGGUUGUUUAAUUCAGUGAACUGCUGGGGUCUUUGUUAUAAAGAAGGUGCUGAUGUAUCAGGUGAGUGACUUUCUGUGUACUUUUCCUAGCAUGCAUCAAUUCAGACCAUAUGAAUGAAGCCAAACCAAAUUGGUGGGUCCAAUUUUGGGAUAUUAUUUUGGGCUAAUGAAAUUUUCAAUUGAACAACUCUCUCAUGUGGGUAAAUAAAUGCAAAUCUGGUUGGCUCAUUUCACUCUGGUAGGAGGACUGAGACACAGGGUAUUGAUUUGGCUGUGUAUUGUGUGGCUGCUUACAGCACUCCGCAGUUAACAUUUACACAGGCCAGGCCAGAUAGUCACCUAUUAAUGCAUUUUCUCUACCAGAAAAGAAUUUAUUCUGUUUUAAAGUAAAAAUAUCUGGCUGCUCUUUUAUUUAUUUCUAAUCUCUUUUAAAAGCCAAGCUUCAAUAUGUGACUUAGUGUGGUGGGUUGAAUAGAUAUGGCUCUCAUAGACUCAUGUGUUUGAAUGCUUGCUUCCUAGGGAGUGGCACUAUGAGGAGAUGUGGCCUUGUUGGAGUAGGUGUGGUCUUGUUGAAGGAAGUGUGCCACUGUGGAGGUGACUUUUGACUUCUCCUUUAUAAUCAAAUGUGGUCAGUGUGACACAGUCCCCCUCUUCUUCUGCCUGUAGACCAAGACUUAGAACUCUCAGGAUCUUCUCCAGCUCCACGUCUGCCUGGAUGCUGCUAUGCUUCUUGCCAUGAUGAUAAUGGACUAAGUCUCUGAAACUGAUGCGGUGACCUAUGAAGAUGUGCAUGUGAACUUCUCUCAUGAAGAGUGGGCUUUGCUGGAUUCUUCCCAGAAGAGUCUCUACAGAGAUGUGAUGCUGGAAACCUACUGGAACCUCACUGCUAUCGGUUACAAAUUGGAAGACCCCAAUGUUGAAGAAUACUAUCAAAGUUAUAGAAGACAUAGAAGGUAUAACAUCUGUCAUUGUGGAUACAAGCCUUGUGAGCAUAAGGGAUAUGGAAAGAACCAAUAUAUCUUUGCCUGUAACAAUUUUCUUCAAAUAUAUGAUAGAAUCCAAACUGAAGAGAAACCGUAUAGAUGUAGUCAAUGCAGUAAAGCCUUUGCAAAUUUCCGUAGUCUUCGAAAACAUGAGAAAAAUCAUACUAGAGAAAAACCCUAUGAGUGUAGUCAGUGCAGUAAAGCCUUUGUAAGUCGCAGUUCUCUUCAAAUACACGAAAGAACGCAUACAAGAGAGAAACUCUAUGACUGUAAUGAAUGUGGAAAAGCCUUUUCAACUCGCAGUCAUCUUCAAAUACAUAAAAGAACUCAUACAGGAGAGAAACCCUAUGAUUGCAGUGAAUGUGGAAAAGCAUUUGCACGUAGCAGCACUCUUCUAAUACAUAAAAGAAGUCAUACAGGAGAGAAACCCUAUGGUUGCAAUGAAUGUGGGAAAGCAUUUGCAUGUCGCAGUCAUCUUCAAAUACACAAAAGAACUCACACUGGAGAGAAACCUUAUGAUUGUGAUGAAUGUGGGAAAGCCUUUGCAACUCGCAGGCAUCUUCAAAUACAUGAAAGAACUCACACUGGAGAGAAACCAUAUGAAUGUAAUCAAUGCGGUAAAGCCUUUAUAGGUCGCAGUCAUCUUCAAAUACAUAAAAGAGUGCAUACUGGAGAGAAACCUUAUGAGUGUAAUCAAUGUGGUAAAGCUUUUGCAUAUAACAGUGAUCUUCAUCGACAUGAAAUAAUUCAUACUGGAGAGAAACCCUAUGGAUGUAAUCAAUGUGGUAAAGCCUUUGCAAAUCGUAGUAGUCUUCGAAAUCAUGAGGAACAUCAUACUCUUGAGAAACCAUAUGAAUGUACUCUAUGUGGUAAAGCCUUUGCAUAUUGCAGUAAUCUUUAUAUACAUGAAAGAUGUCAUACUGGAGAGAAACCGUAUGUAUGUACUCAGUGUGGUAAAGCCUUUGCACGUCGCAGUCACCUUCAUAUACAUGAAAGAUGUCAUACUGGAGAGAAACCGUAUGUAUGUACUCAGUGUGGUAAAGCCUUUGCACGUUGCAGUCACCUUCAUGUACAUGAAAGAAUUCAUGCUGGAGAGAAACCUUAUGAGUGUAAUCAAUGUGGAAAAGCUUUUCUACUUCGCAGUAGUCUUCUAAUACAUGAAAGAACUCAUACUGGAGAGAAACCUUAUGUAUGUAAUCAAUGUGGUAAAGCCUUUGCACGUCAGAGUCAUCUUCAAAUACAUGAAAGAAGUCACACUGGAGAGAAACCUUAUGAGUGUAAUCAAUGCAGUAAGGCCUUUGUAUGUCGCAGUAAUCUCCAAAUGCAUGAAAGAACUCACACUGGAGAGAGACCUUAUGAAUGUAAUCAGUGUGGAAAAGCCUUUUCACGUCGCAGUCUUCUUCAGAAACAUGAAAGAAGUCAUAGUGGAGAGAAACCUUAUGCGUGUAAUCAAUGUGGUAAAGCCUUUGCAAGUCGUAGUAGUCUUCGAAAUCAUGAAAAACAUCAUAAUAUUGAGAAACCUAAUGAAUGUAAUCAGUGUGCUAAAGCGUUUACGUCUUUUCCACCAUCUUCAAAUAUAUGAAAGAAACCACACUGAAAGAACCUCUGAGUGUAUUCAAUGUGGAAAAUCCUUUACAAGUCACAGUUAAUCAGUGUGGUAAAGACUGCAUAUUGGAGUAGUCUUCAUUAUCACAGAACAUGUCAUACUAGAGAAACCCUAUGAAUGGAAUUGAAACAGUAAAGCUUUGGCACAUCAGUGUAAUCUUCAGAUGCAUCAAAAAACUUAUACUGGAGAGAAACCUUAAAAUGUAAUCAAUGGGACAAUACCUCUGCAUCUUAUAGUCGUCUUCAAAGGAAUGAAAGAAUUCUUACAGGAGAGAAACACCAUGAAAUCUAAUACAUGUAGUAAGGGCUUGCACAACAAGCAUAUUAUUCCUCCUGAGUCAUCUCACUGGUGCUUAUGUAAGAUUAGUAGAACCAUUUCAUCCUUAAAAUACUGUCUUCUAUUUAGAUUGUAUACAAAGUGUUACCGAAGUAUAGAAGAACACAGAAAAACUUGAAUAAUAAAACAUACUUUCAAAUGAAAA